GGGCGUGGUCAAGCGAGUUUCUUGCAACGGUGCAACAGAUCACGGACCGUCAGAAAGGCUGGAUCGUACAGGCAGUAGCGGGUUGAAGCAGUCGGAUUGUCAGAACCAGCAGCCGCACCUACAGCGCCCGGGAAGCAAGAUCGGUGUCCGUCCGCGCUCGAGUACAGGCCCUGCUGGUGGGCCGGGGGGAUCUCGAGCGGCAGCAGCCGCUGCCUGCCAGAGCAGCCGCUGCCCUCCCUCCCACCAGCCGCAGCGGCCGAAGAUCAUGUCCCGGAAAGUGCAGCGGACCGAAGUGUGUGCUGACUGCAGCGCGCCAGAUCCUGGCUGGGCUUCGAUAAACCGGGGUGUUCUGAUCUGUGAUGAAUGUUGCAGUGUUCAUCGCAGCCUAGGUCGGCACAUCUCCAUAGUAAAACACUUACGACACAGCAGCUGGCCACCUUCGUUACUACAGAUGGUACAGACACUUGCCAGCAAUGGUGCCAAUUCAAUAUGGGAACAUUCUCUCCUUGACCCAGCACAAGUGCAAAGUGGACGGCGCAAAGCCAACCCUCAAGACAAAGUUCACCCUACCAAGUCUGAAUUCAUCCGUGCCAAAUACCAGAUGUUAGCAUUCGUCCACAAACUGCCGUGCCGAGAUGAUGACGGUGUAACUACUGCAGACUUGAGUAAGCAACUACACUCCAGUGUGAGGACAGGCAACCUGGAAACUUGUCUUCGGCUCUUAUCUCUGGGUGCACAGGCCAAUUUUUUUCAUCCGGAGAAAGGGACAACUCCUUUGCACGUAGCAGCCAAGGCUGGUCAGGUCCUGCAGGCAGAGCUGCUGAGUGUCUAUGGUGGAGAUCCAGGAGCACCAGAUGUCAAUGGAAAGACACCAAUCGAUUAUGCCAGGCAAGCAGGUCAUCACGAACUCGCUGACAGGUUGGUGGAGUGCCAGUACGAGCUGACUGAUCGGUUGGCGUUUUACCUUUGUGGACGCAAACCUGAUCACAAGAAUGGACACUACAUAAUUCCCCAAAUGGCAGACAGAACUCACCAAAAAUGCAUGUCUCAGAGUUUGGACCUAUCUGAAUUGGCCAAAGCUGCUAAGAGGAAGUUGCAGGCUCUGAGUAACCGACUGUUUGAGGAGCUUGCAAUGGAUGUGUACGAUGAAGUGGAUCGGCGGGAAAAUGAUGCAGUUUGGCUGACUACUCAGAACCAUAGCACUUUGGUAACAGAACGUAGUGCAGUGCCCUUCCUACCAGUAAAUCCAGAAUAUUCUGCAACUCGUAACCAGGGGAGACAGAAGCUCGCAAGGUUUAAUGCCAGAGAGUUUGCCACUUUGAUCAUUGACAUCCUUAGUGAUGCUAAGAGACGACAGCAGGGAAAAAGCUUACCGGUAAUUAACCCCCCAGAUAACCUUGAUUACACUUUACGGAACCAGAGUGAUAUUGAUGACCAACACGACUACGAUAGUGUGGCAUCUGAUGAGGAUACAGACCAAGAACCUCUACGAAACGCAAACUCUGGCAGGAAUAAUCGAGCCAAGAGUAUGGAUUCUUCAGACUUGUCCGAUGGGCCAAUAACAUUGCAGGAGUACUUGGAGGUCAAGAAAGCGCUGGCAUCCUCAGAAGCAAAGGUGCAACAGCUAUUGAAGGUCAACAACAACCUCAGUGAAGAACUGCGGCGGCUUCAGCGUGAGAUCCACAAACUGCAGUUGGAAAAUGCUCAGAUCAAGCAGCAGACUGGUGGAAGCCCUUGUCAGACCCCUUCCGGCAAUGAAUGGCAGGAUCAGAACCUUAAUGCUGCUCCCAGGCGUGAUAGGCAGGCGUUUUCAAUGUAUGAGCCUGGGUCAGCACUGAAGUCCUUUGGUCAACCUAUAGAUGACCUAGUAAAUCGCCUUCAGCCACUACACUCCAGUAUCCGCAAAGGUGUGUCUGUGUCCUCUGUCCCCAGUCCUCCUCAUUCUUCCCCACUGUUUCCCUACACACAGGGCAGUGGCAGAUACAUGACUUCCAGAGCAGACAGACACAUCAGUGGAACUGACAGCGACUACGACAACACUCAGGUGCAUGACUUACUAGGAAGCACCACAGAGGGGAAGGAUGACUACCACCGUGAAACUGAUGAUCUGGAUAGGGACUUGGAUCCCAGUCUGCCCAGUACAGAAGAUGUGAUCUUGAAAACUGAACAGGUCACAAAAAACAUUCAGGAACUACUAAGGGCAGCCCAGGAGUUUAAACAUGACAGCUUUGUGCCCUGUUCGGAAAAGAUUCAUACUGCAGUCACAGAAAUGGCAUCUCUCUUUCCAAAGAAGCCUGCUUUGGAAACUGUACGCAGCUCCCUUCGGCUGCUGAAUGCUAGUGCCUAUCGAUUACAAAGUGAGUGCCGCAAAACCAUCCCACCAGAGCCUGGUGCACCAGUCGACUUUCAGCUUCUUACACAGCAAGUCAUUCAGUGUGCCUACGACAUUGCCAAGGCAGCCAAACAACUUGUUACAAUAACAACUCGUGAAAAGAAGCAGUGAGUAGGAGAUGUACUACAAUUCAUGCCUAGUGAUGGCCUACAAGGGGAGAGGAGGGGAAUGUGGUGUCACUUAUGGUCAUGUGCCAACUCCUUAUCAGGUCCCCUGCUAUACAGAUAUGACAUCCUUAAUAAGCGGUUUGUAUGCAGAGAUGUCAAGUGCCCCAUGGUGUCUGUGACAAGGAAGAAGAUGCGAUCGUGAUUGUCAAGAGAGAUCGUGCAGCAGACGUGGCAAAUCUAGACUUGAAACAAAAAAAAAGUCACUGGUCUCACUGCUCUUUAUCCUGUUUUAUCUCACUGUGUUGCACAAAGACUUUGUGAGUGCUGCUUAGAUGCAGUGUAUCAUUGUUCUAUAAAUCCAGCCCCCUCCCCCAAAAAAAAAAAAAAAAAAAUUAAAUCUCUAUCAAGCAUAAACCCAGUGAGCAAUUUUAUGACUACAGCAUUGUUAAGCUGGCAUGGAGCUUGAAGAUAUCCCAGUGUAAUUAAUCCUGUAUUGUUUUCAAGACACUAAAGCCAGGGAUAGAAGUGGUGUGUCAUUCUCUUCAACACUGAAUUGCGAAUCUUGUACAUGAACUCUUCACUGAAUAACACUGGAAUUUUUUGUGGAAAUGUUUGUAUGAACACUAUCUAGUUCAGUAGUGAUCCGUAGUGCCAGUCUUUAAAGACUGAAACUGACUGUGCUCCUGUUUUUGGCUACCUUAACUCUGUAUCUAGGCCAAGUUACCUUGAAGGCUGGAUUUCAUUUUUUUUCUGUUGAUUUCAGUACAUUUUGCUGCAUUUGUUUAAUAUAUACAGCUUGGCCAAGUCCAGCAUUGCUGUGGCCAGAAACCAAGCCAUUUUGGGAGGAUUUUUUUCUGCUUUUUACAGUAUUGAAUAUGAGAUUGUCUUUCAACACCAGUCUAAUUAGUACUGCCUGUAAGAGCUUCUGAAAAUUCUUGAGUAAAAGCUGCAUUACCUAGACAUAAAUACACAUUUGUGGUGUUUUAGGCAGCAAGAUGUGGCCUUUCUUUCUAGUAGUAUGCAUCUGUUUUGUGUUUGCUGCACAGUGGAUCAAGAUUGAUUAUUUUACACAAGUAUCUAAGAGUGAGGGUCACCUGUGGAAUUCAGUCUUCUCUUGCACUCUUCAGAACUUCUAUGCAUGGAGUGGGAGAUGGUGAAAAGAAAUUCCUUGCAGCACCCAGUUAGCAGCCAGCAUUUUUAUUUACUUUAAGAAAGACGUAUUGCAGAGUGGCAGUAUUUUCUUGCCAUAAGUAGGUGACCCAUCCACUUUGGUGCUGAGUGAAGCUGCAGUUGCUUUUCUUGCCAGUAUGGGUAAUUGCUUCAGCCAUUUAGCAGUCUUGAAAAAGAAGGUCUGACAUGCAUAUCUUGCACCAUUUCAGACUUGGGAAUGUCUGAUAGCACUGCGCUAGGUACCCAAAUGUUUUAUAUCAUCCACUAAUUUUUCCAGAUUUUUUUUUGGGGGGGGGGGGGUGGCGGCAGCAACUGUGGUGGUGUCCCAAGUUUCAGAUCAUACUCACUAAAAUACAAAGUAAUAGAGUUCUUGUACUGCUUAACAUAUAAAUUGCUUGCUGAGCUUCAUUAAAAAAAAAAAAAAAAAAAUUGUCUGUCUUCCCAUUUCAUAUCAUUAGGCCAUAUCUCCAAACUUUGUAAAACUGAAAUAUUUAGCUAAAAUAUAGUCAAAGUGGUAAACAGUCUUAAAACUCCUAACAUGAAAUGUGCAAAAAGCUGUUUAGCAUUCUGUAUAUUUAUUUUAAAUGUAACACUAACCUGUGUGAAGCUGUCAAAGCUGCGUGGUUUUGGAUGGGAGGAGUGAAGCCCUGCUUUUAACUUGAAGUACUUUUCCACACUGGCUAGAGGAAGGUGAGCCUUGGACAUGUCACUUGCCAUGCAGAUGACAGCUCAGAAGUGCAUUUUUGUUUACAGUGCUUUCCUAAGGGUUUUGGUAGUCUUAUUGAGAGCCAUUCGACUCCCCACUGAGACAAGGGAGUUGAUCCGCGUCUCAGGAAGGAGAAUUUGCCCAGUCUUGAAACCUGGUAAAAGUGCUAUAGCCUUCAUAGAUACAAGAGUAAGUUAUUUUUCCCCCUACUACUGCUCUUGUGUAAAUGGACUAUUUUGUCAUUCUCCUGUUCACAUUAAUGUAUGUGGGGAAUCUGGUGGUGGGUUCUAUUAUGUAAAGAUCGUGCAAUGUACAUUUGUAUUAAAAUAAAUAACGUGAAACUA